AUGUUAGGUUUCCGUACGGGGCUUACAAACACCCCUUUUGAGGCUCGAGUCUGGGAAGAGGGAAUGGCUCUUUGGGAGCACUUUGCAGACUUCGUUGCCCUCCUUAAAAAGAGGUACGAUGACCCUGCCAAGCCGAAUUACCUCAUCGAAGACACCUUCUUCAACCCUAGUUUGGGUUGCCGCGCGCUUCGAGACGCGCUGAAUCCUGGAAAUGCCUGGCAGUACAUGCACGACGAUGGCAAACUGCGUUCGGAUACCGGCAUCGGUCACGUGUGCAAACAGUACUCGGCCGUCACGUUCUACGAUGUUUCGCGCAUACCUACUAGAGCAUUUGUUUUGUUCAGUCAAAAAAUCGACUACAAGGUUGCUGGCCGGAUUUGGUAG